AUGUCCACCCCUAGCUCCAACCCCUUCACCGACUCCUCCAUCCCCGACCCCAGCCAGCUCCGCGCCGUCGCCAUCAACGACCAUGUCCCCGUCAAGCUGUCUACCACCGCCGCCAACUACCUCGCCUGGAAGACGUACUUCUACUUCCUCUUCCGCGAGUACAACCUGCGCGAUCACAUCGACGGCACCGCCGACCUCCUCGCCCGCGACUCCGACUGGCUGGCCAUCGACGCCACCAUCAUCCGCUGGCUCUUCCUCACCGUCUCGCCGGACAUCUUCCAGGCCGUCGUUCGGGAAGGCGAUGAUGCCCGCACGGUGUCGGGAAAGAUCAACGGCCUCUUCACCAAUAACAAGCUCCAACGUGUUGUCUUUUUGCAGCAGGAAUUCUUCGGCACACCCCAGGGCGAUCAAACCUUGGACGCCUACUGCCUGCGCCUCAAGGCUAUCUCCGACGAGCUCCAGGACCUUGGGUUCCGGAUUGGCGACGAGCUCCUCCUCUCCACCCUCACCGCCGGCCUCAGCGAGGAUCUCGGCAACGCCGCCUCCAACCUCACCCUCAUGUCCAACCCGAAGUUCGAGCGCGCGGUCGACUACCUCCGGCUGGAGGAGCGCCGGCUGAAGGGUGUGCGCACCCGGGCGUUCACAUCGCUCUAUGGGCCAGCGGCAACAUCGUUCUUCCUCAUGGCGGAGGAACUCCACCAGCGCCCACCCCCGCCCCUCCACACCCUGCGCCUCAGCCGCAACAACACCAAGGAGGAGGGGGCGGUGGCCGUGGUCGUCGCCGUGGCCGUGGUGGUGGCCGUGGCGGUGGCAACAACGGCGGCCCCGGCAUCGUCGGUCCGCGCCCCGGGUACUCCCACCCCACUCCGCCGUGGGCGGGCGGACACAACCCCUGGACGUGGGUCGUGCACGCCUACACCAUGCCCGUUCCGCGCCCCCCCCGUCCCCGGCACCGUCGGCCCCCGUCCGCCGACGCACCAGGCCUUCAUCGCCGCGCCACCGCAGGCUCCCGCCGGCCUGCCCUACGCUCCCGUCUACGGCGGCAUGAUGCCGCAGGCACCGCCGGCCCACUGGUACCCCGCGCUGUACACCGCCCUUCAGCACGCCCCCUCGCCGGGCGCUUACUCUGGCGGUGGCGACUGGUUCAUGGACACCGGAGCCUCCGCACACAUGGCUGCUCACCCGAUUUCGCCACAUCUUGUUCAGAAUUUAGUUUUCGUCAAAACUCUUUCUCCUGAUAACUCUGUAACUGUGGAAUUUGACGCGUUUGGUUUUUCUGUAAAGGACGCCCGUACCCGGAUGGUUUUGCACCGCUGUGAGAGUCCCGGCGACCUCUACCCCGUUCAGCCGUCCUCCUCCACUCACGCUGCACCUCGGGCGCUCUCCGCCGGCGUCGACCUUUGUUCGGUCGCCCCAUUCUCGCCCUCCAAACUCAACGGCAAGGAGUUCGACAAAACCACCAUCCGCACCCUCGUCUCCACCCACGGCACUAUAUUCCGCCUAACUUGCCCAUACACCUCCCAGCAGAACGGCCGCGCAGAGCGCGUCCUACGCACCCUUAAUGACUGUGUCCGUACUCUGCUGUUCCACGCUCACAUGCCCCCCCCCAGUUCUGGCCGGACGCCCUCUCCACCGCCACCCUCCUAG